CGCUCCCGGUGCCGCCAUGACGCUUCUCGCCGCCGGUAGCCGGGCGGCCGCGCGCCUUCGCGGGCCCAAGAACGCUGCCUGCGUGCUCUUCGCUGCCCGCCAUGCCAGUGCUGCCACGAACCUGAAAGAUGUCCUGGCCAGCAUGAUCCCCAAGGAGCAGGCCAAGAUCAAGAGCUUCAGGCAGCAGCACGGCAGCACUGCCAUCGGGCAGAUCACUGUGGAUAUGGUGUACGGCGGCAUGAGGGGCAUGAAGGGAUUGAUCUACGAGACCUCGGUGCUGGAUCCUGACGAGGGCAUUCGCUUCCGGGGCUACAGCAUCCCCGAGUGCCAGAAGCUGCUGCCCAAAGCUGCCGGGGGCGAGGAGCCGCUGCCCGAGGGCCUCUUCUGGCUGCUGGUGACUGGGGAGGUGCCCACCCAGGAGCAGGCGGGCUGGCUGUCGCGGGAGUGGGCACGCCGCGCCGCCCUGCCCUCCCACGUGGUGACCAUGCUGGACAACUUCCCGAGCAGCCUGCACCCCAUGUCCCAGCUGAGCGCCGCCGUCACCGCCCUCAACAGCGAGAGCAAGUUCGCCCGCGCCUACGCCGAGGGCGUCCACCGGGCAAAGUACUGGGAGCUGGUGUACGAGGACGCCAUGGACCUGAUCGCCAAGCUGCCCUGCGUGGCCGCCAAGAUCUAUCGCAACCUGUACCGGGAGGGCAGCAGCAUCGGCGCCAUCCAGCCCGGCCUCGACUGGGCACACAACUUCGCCAACAUGCUGGGCUACACCGACCCCCAGUUCGUGGAGCUGAUGAGGCUCUACCUCACCAUCCACAGUGACCACGAGGGGGGCAAUGUCAGUGCCCACACCAGCCACCUGGUUGGCAGCGCCCUCUCCGACCCUUACCUCGCCUUCGCCGCCGCCAUGAACGGCCUGGCCGGGCCCCUGCACGGCCUUGCCAACCAGGAGGUGCUGCUGUGGCUCACAGACCUCCAGAAGGAGCUGGGCCAGGAGGUGUCGGACGAGAAGCUGCGAGACUUCAUCUGGAACACUCUCAACUCGGGCAGGGUGGUGCCAGGCUACGGGCACGCGGUGCUGCGCAAGACCGACCCUCGCUACACCUGCCAGAGGGAGUUUGCCCUCAAGCACCUGCCCCAGGACCCUCUCUUCAAGCUGGUGGCACAGCUCUACAAGAUCGUGCCCAAGGUGCUGCUGGAGCAGGGCAAGGCCAAGAACCCCUGGCCCAACGUGGAUGCCCACAGCGGGGUCCUGCUGCAGUACUACGGCCUGAAGGAGAUGAAUUACUACACAGUGCUCUUCGGGGUCUCCAGGGCCCUGGGGGUCCUGUCCCAGAUGAUCUGGAGCAGAGCCUUGGGCUUCCCCCUGGAGAGACCCAAGUCCAUGAGCAGCCAGGGGCUGAUGCAGCUGGUGGGCUACAAGUCAGGCUGAGACCCCCCCCCAGGAAGCCACCAGACAGCAAAAGGGACAAAAGUGGG